AGGCAUGCCAGUAGAAACAACAACAAAAUAAUGUCAAAUGUCAAAGGUGUAGUGUUGCCACUCUAGUGUAAAAAAUUAUAUUUCGUGAGGCGACGUCAGGAGCGAGAUACAUACACAAUUGUUGACGUAGCUGAGAGCGGUGAAAUGUUACCAGCUGCCUGUGAUUUUGCACACUUCUAAAGUGAGUUCAACAAAAGUUCUUCAAACUUUAUGGGAACAUAAUUUCAUGUAAUAGUCCUAGUAGAUAAAUUUGUCUGAAGCAAUGGUCAAAAUUUUUCCAUAUCUCUCAAUUGUAUCAAAAUUAGCUUUAAAUCUCUAGUGGAAACAUUAUAUUAUUAUACCAAAACCGCUGUUGUCAAAUGCUAUCGAUAGAAAAUGUUGUUCUUCUGAUUUCUACCAACGCUUGUAAACGCUGUCAACAAACAAUAGCUCUUUUAUUUAAAUAAAAGAUUUUGUUUUGGAAAAAUUUCGAUGUCCAGUAAAUUUCCAGUAACCGAGCAUGUUAAUCCGAAAUUAAAGUUAGUCAGUAAUUAUGUGUUCUUUUGGAAAUGUGAACUAAGAUUAUAACCUGAUUUGGCAAACAUUUAAUUAGUAUGGAAAGAUGGACUACAAGUUUGUUGAAAUUCUGUCAAAGGAAGAGCUUUUAAAGAUUUUGAUAGAGCGCAAAUUGGAUUUGCCAAACAUGCAGGAAAUGUCUCACAGUGAGCUCAUACAUAUCUACAAAACAUUUGCUCUACCUCUAGCUCGUCGUGAAAAGAAUCGCACGAGGAAUAAACCAGCAAUUAAUAGUGUGUCUGGUAGUCUUAAUGUAGGCGGCGGUGUAGUGUUAAUGGAUAUAGAUGAAUUAUCCGAAUCUAUGCAUUUCCCAAGCAAUAAAACCUCAUCAACUGCCUCGCCAUUUUCAGAAAGAUAUACUACAUGUGCUAAAAAUCCUCGUGAAUACAAGCGUGUUAACCCGCUAACCGAUGAAUAUUUAAGUAUAGCAACGAAAAGAAUUAAAAUAGCACUGACUUAAUUAUUUUCGGUACUUUCGUAUUAACGCUACCGCAGCCGCAGAUUUUCGAUUGGCUCCAAAUUAGCAAAUAACAUGCUACUAUGCAAGGAAUAGCCCGUUUUCGUCCGUCCGAGUUCCAGGUGACCGAAGCCACGAAAUGUAAAUAAGAGUUAUAUUCUAAAGCACUACUGUAGUGGCUUAAUACCUAAGUACCUAUUUUCGAAUUAAUUCGAAAUAAACCCUGUUACAAGAUUAUAGCCGCUCUAAAGACUUGCCUUUUUGAUAAAGAGAUGUGGCAGAAAUGGAGGUAUAUAUUUCAUGAAAAAAUGAAUAGUUUGUAAUUUUCAAUACUUAUGUUUAGCUAUAUAUUUGCUCUGCUAACUUAAAUUACGCACUCGUCGCGUGAGUAAUCAGAAAAUGGGAAACUCAAUAAAAAUACGUAAAUGGUGGUUUCUUUUAAUACUUUAUUUUACAUAUUUACCAGUUUUUUAAUUUCCACUGAAAUUUAAACAAGAUUUUGCCUAAGAAUAAUUUUGAAUCGGUAUACAAUACUACAUUAAUUUUAAUUUGACCUAUCAGUUUAAUUUACCACUUCUCCAAUACAUUUGUAAUGCCACUUGGAGGCAAUGAAUAAAAAUAUUUAACAAAUUUCAUUUAAUUUAUGCUUACACACAACAUGUUUCACAUUAAGUUAAUUAUUUUAAAGAGUCUUAUGCAAAGUAAAUUUUAUAUCAUAUAAUAAAUAAAUAAACAUACAAAGGUUAAUUAACAAUGAUUUCUACAAGUGUGUAUACAUAUUUAUGAAUGAACGUAUAUGUUGAAAAAAGAAAACCAUAUCGUAAGAUAGGAAAAUGUAUUUUGUGGGUAUUCGCAAGUCCAAAUGUAAACGUAUUUAGUCAUCUUUAUUAUCUUACAAAGGUUUAAAGCUUAAAAAGUAUGCACAACCUAAAAUUUUGUAAGAUGUAUUAUUUAUAAGAGCGCUACCAUUGAGACAGUACAUCGUUCUUUAAUGAAACAGAAUCUUAUUUAAACUGCACCAUAUCCAAAAUAAGGCACUCUUGCUUAAAACAAAUGUUCGAUGAUUUUGUUAUGUAAAAAAAACUGAAAAUAUUAUUUCAGCUGUUUUUAAUUUAAAUUAAUAUUAAUUUAAAAAAAAAGUUAUAAUAUUGCCUCUGCGCUUUAAAAAAAAAAAAGAUUAACAAAUGUUCGCUCAAGGCGAAAUAAUUUUGAGAGCCGGAAGCACAAUAACUAAAUAUUUCAAAUAGCAUUUUAGUCGCAAAAUAUAUUUACAUAAGCACAAUAAAGUGAUGAACAAGUAUUCUAAUCGAAUUUUGUAAAUUUUGCGUCCACGCAAAAAAAUUAUAUCAAAUAAAAAAAAAA